CGAAGGCUCCGGCCGUCUUCACCGGCACAUUUUGUUCCUGCGCGUGGUUGAUGAGUCUCCUCCCUGCUGGACUGGGCCACUGAGGAUUCCGAAAUGGGGUCGUGUUUCAGCUCAGAGCCCGCGGGGGACGCGGAACAGAAGAAGCGAAGCCAACAGAUCGAUCGCAAGCUAGAAGAAGAUUCUAGGCGGCUACGAAGGGAGUGCAAGAUCCUUCUCUUGGGAUCUGGAGAAAGUGGAAAAUCAACGAUCGUAAAACAGAUGAAGAUCAUCCACCAAAAUGGUUACACCGUGGAAGAACUUGCGCUGUAUCGUUUGACCGUCUACAAAAAUCUCCUGGAUUGCGCAAAAGCCCUCAUUGGGGCAUAUCACUAUCUCCAACUCGAACCGUCCAGCCAGAAAGUGCAGGACUACAUUUCAUUUCUGGAGGAGUACAACGUGGACCCGGAUCCCAACACCUCGCUUGAUUCGAAAAUCGGCGACGCCAUUACGUAUCUCUGGAACGACCCGUGUACAUCAACAGUUUUGGAACAUCAGAAUGAAUUUUAUCUGAUGGACUCAGCCCCAUAUUUCUUCGAGGAAGCGAAACGAAUAACGGCCCCCGAUUAUGUACCGGAUGUUGCAGAUGUGCUCCGAGCCAGAACAAAGACCACCGGUAUCUAUGAGACACGCUUCACAAUGGGGCAAUUGAGCAUACAUAUGUUUGAUGUGGGCGGCCAGCGCAGUGAGCGAAAAAAAUGGAUACAUUGCUUCGAAAACGUGACAUCCAUUAUCUUUUGCGUUGCGCUCAGUGAAUAUGAUCAAGUCCUGCUGGAAGAAAGCAAUCAGAAUCGCAUGAUGGAAAGUUUGGUUCUCUUCGACUCCGUGGUCAAUUCUCGGUGGUUCAUGCGGACAAGUAUCAUCCUUUUCCUGAACAAAGUUGAUUUGUUCCGCUUGAAGUUGCCUCGAUCACCGUUGAGCAACUACUUCCCCGAUUACUCGGGCGGCAACGACGUGCACCGUGCCGCGAAGUACCUUCUUUGGCGAUUCAACCAGGUGAAUCGAGCACACUUGAACCUGUACCCACAUCUCACCCAAGCGACUGAUACCUCGAAUAUCCGUUUGGUCUUCGCAGCAGUCAAAGAGACUAUCCUGCAAAAUGCCUUGAAAGACUCGGGCAUUCUAUAA